UUCCCACCUUUCAUCUUUCCAUUGUCUUUGCAUAUAAGUUUUGCACAACCCCUGGCUUGUUCCUGAGACACUUAGCUUAGUGUCUCAUGAAGGCUUUGAGCUUCUAUUAUAGUCUUCUCUAUUAACAAAUUCUCUCCUUGUGCCUAGACUUCCCUGCCCUCUCCGUUAUUUUGUAUAGACAGUAGAGUAAAGGAAAUAUUUUUCAGGAUAUUAUCUUUCACAGGUUCAUCCUAGAUACUUAGGGGCUUUCUACAAGGAACUUCAGCCUCCUGCUAGGCUUAAGUAUGGGGUAUUUGAGAAAUUUUAUUAGCAUUGUCUUGUAGCAAGUUUUUAGCAAUUAAGCAUUUUGGGGUGUUUCUUCUUACUCUUAAAAAUCACUUAUGCCAGUGGUGCCCAUAGCUCAGUGGGUAGGGCGCUGGGCAUAUACAUUGAGGCUGGCAGGUUCAAACUCCGCCCGGGCCAGCUAAAACAAUGAUAACUGCAAAAAAAAAAAAAAAGCUGGGGGUUGUCACAGGUGCCUGUAGUCCCAGAUACUUAGGAGGCUGAGGCAAGAGAGUUGCUUAAGCCCAAGAGUUUGCUGUUGCUGUGAUGCCACGGCACUCUACCCAGGGUGACAGCUUAAGACUCUUUCUCAAACAAACAAACAAAAAAAAUCACUUAAAGUGGUUUUCAUGAAAUACUGGCUGCUUAUCCUAUACCACAAUUUUUUGUAUGAAUUUUGAGAAAAAAAUCUUGCAUCGUUUUCUUUUUUUUUUAAGAGACCGGGUCUUGCUUUGUUGCCUAAGCUGGCUGUAGUGCAGUGGUAUGAUCAUAGUGUUAGGCCUAGGCUAAGGUAGAAAAAUACCAAUUAACUCCGGGCAAAUUUCUGGGCUGCAGGUUCUCAACAAAAUGGACUAAAUCUGGUUCACUCCCAAGAUAGAUGGGAAAGUACUCACUAACUUCUUGCUUGACUAACUCCCCUGAGAAUCAGACCAGGAGGUACCAGGUGUUCCUGGACUGACCUUUAAGAAAUACUAGCUGGGGAAAGUGUUGAAACAAAGAUGUAUGAUGUAUGACUAACCACAAAAUUCUGCUUUUGUACAAUGCUUGCUUGUUAUCUUACCCGGAUGUACCUGGACAGCCAGCCUACCUGCCAACCAGGAUGCAAACCAAGCCUUAAAAACCUGACCCCUUAAGCACUCAGUGCUGCUCUCAGAAACCCCAUGUUGGCGCGCUGAGGUAAUUGCUGGCCAGCUCUUCAAUAAAAGUACUCCUCUUUAAAUUUAACUUGUUGGGUGGUGUGGUCUUUGUGGAACCCCUGGGCACAACAUUUGGAGGCCCCAGCGAUAUCCUCCAGACUCUGGAACUGCUGAUCCUCAGACGGCCUCCAAGAGAGGAACAGGCUGCGGUCCCUCUGAGGGGAGGUGCCCCCUGGAAACAUUCCAGAGCCCCUGGAGAACCCAGAGCCCUCAGGAGACCGGCUGACGAUCACCCCUAAAUUCACCUGUGAGUCCACCUCUGGAGUUUAUUUAGAGAUCUGUUUGGAGGUUAUGGAUGACAAGCCCAAUCCUAAAACCUCAAGUGAGAGUUCAGAGCGUCUCUUCUCCUUUGGAGUUAUUGCAGAUAUUCAAUAUGCUGAUUUAGAAGAUGGCUAUAACUUCCAUGGAAACAGGCGACGAUACUACAGACACAGUCUUGUUCACUUACAGGGUGCCAUUGAAGACUGGAAUAGCCAAAGCAGCACACUGUGUUGUGUCCUUCAGCUUGGAGAUAUCAUUGAUGGGUACAAUGCCCAGCAUAAAGCAUCAGAAACAGCCCUAGAACUUGUUAUGAACACAUUCCAGAAGCUUAAAGUUCCAGUUCACCAUACAUGGGGAAAUCAUGAAUUCUAUAACUUUAAUAGAGACUAUUUAACAAACUCUAAACUUAACACAAAGUUUCUAGAGGACCAGAUUGCACAUCAUCCUGAGACCAUGCCUUCAGAGAAUUACUAUGCUUAUCAUUUUGUACCAUUCCCUAAAUUCCGGUUUAUUUUACUGGAUGGUUAUGACUUGAGUGUCUUGGGUGUGGAUCAAUCUUCUCCAAAAUACCAGCAGUGUAUGAAGAUUCUGAAGGAGCACAAUCCAAAUACGGAAUUGAAUAGUCCUCAAGGACUUUCAGAGCCCCACUACGUCCAGUUUAAUGGAGGAUUCAGCCAAGAACAGCUGAACUGGUUGAAUGAAGUUCUUACAUUCUCUGACACAAACCAAGAAAAAGUGGUGAUUAGGCAGGGUCUGACUCUAUCACAAACUUCUGGGCUUAAGAGAUCCUCCUGCCAUAGCCUCCCCAGUAGUCAAGACAACAGGCCAUCUUCCCAUUUACCCAGACUCCUCCGACAGUGUAUGCCUGGCCUGGAAUUAUAGAGACGCCUUGGCAGUCAUCUGGUCUCACGAGUGUGUGGUGUGUUUCUUUGCUGGUCACACUCAUGAUGGUGGCUACUCCGAGGAUCCCUUUGGUGUGCACCAUGUCAACCUGGAAGGAGUUAUUGAGACAGCUCCAGACAGCCAGGCUUUUGGCACAGUUCAUGUCUAUCCUGACAAGAUGUUGUUGGAAGGGAGAGGCAGAGUUCCAGACAGAAUUAUGAAUUAUAAGAGGGAAAAAGCACUCCAUUUUUAGUUUCUGUAUUUUAGUCUGAUCUCAGAAAGAGAAUGAGCUUUGUGUUCUCUCCUCUCAAAAACAAAAAUAAAAAGCCUCAGUGUCGUUCAGUA